UGGCAGUAUAAGUCGGCUUUUACAUUGUUUUUCAACUGCCUUGUGGAUAUGAUCAGUCUAAAUAUUUAACAUUAAUAAAAUGGAUUAUGAAACCUCCUUACCUGAGCUCGGUGACCUAAUGGCGCUGACUUGUAAUGAGAGGCUCGAACUUUUGGAGUCACUUUUAAGUGAUCCCGAUGGCGAUAAGAAGUUAAAUCAAAGCCUAAAUUUGGAGGAUAAUUUUAAAGGGCAUCAGUACUCCAUGGAUGCUUUAUUGGACACAUUUAUCCUACUUUACGAUGAAUGCAGUAAUUCAUCUCUACGUAGAGAGAAAAGUGUAUCCGAUUUUCUAAAACUUGCAAAACCCUUUGUUCACAUUGUAAGAAAACUUCGGCUAACGCGUGAGGAUUUUGAAAUAUUAAAAAUCAUUGGACGCGGAGCAUUUGGUGAAGUCUGCGUUGUACGCAUGCUCUCAUCAGAAAACAUUUUCGCAAUGAAAAUAUUAAAUAAAUGGGAAAUGCUAAAACGAGCAGAGACAGCUUGUUUUCGUGAAGAAAGGGAUGUGUUAGUACUUGGAGAUCGUCAGUGGAUUACAAACUUGCAUUAUGCGUUUCAGGAUAAUAUCAAUUUGUACCUGGUUAUGGACUAUUACUGUGGUGGCGACUUAUUAACGUUAUUGAGCAAGUUUGAAGAUAAGCUUCCCGAAGACAUGGCCAAGUUUUACAUAACUGAAAUGAUAUUGGCAGUUGAUAGCAUUCAUCAACUGAAAUAUGUUCACAGAGAUAUAAAGCCAGACAAUGUUUUGUUGGAUAAGAGGGGACACGUACGAUUAGCUGACUUUGGUUCAUGUUUACGUUUGGAUAAGGAUGGAACCGUUCAGUCAAAUGUGGCAGUAGGAACCCCCGAUUAUAUAUCUCCUGAAAUUCUAAGAGCCAUGGAGGAUGGAAAAGGACGUUAUGGCACUGAAUGCGAUUGGUGGUCCUUGGGCGUUUGUAUGUACGAAAUGCUGUAUGGAGAGACUCCAUUUUAUGCCGAAAGUCUAGUGGAAACCUAUGGCAAAAUAAUGAAUCAUCAAAAUUGCUUUAAUUUACCAACACAAGAUACGCAACACGCAAAGUUAUCGGAUGCAUCCAAGGAUUUACUUUCCAAAUUGAUAUGUAUACCUGAGAAUCGACUUGGUCAAAAGGGUUUACACGAUUUUAUGACACAUCCGUGGUUCGAUGGCAUCGAUUGGAAGAAUAUUAGAUGUGGCCUCGCACCGUAUAUACCAGAAGUGUCGAGUCCAACAGAUACAUCGAAUUUCGACGUCGAUGAUAAUGAUGUCAGAUUAACGGACACGAUUCCUCCUUCGGCCAAUCCAGCAUUUUCUGGUUUUCAUUUACCAUUUAUUGGAUUUACAUUCUCACAAAAUUGUUACUCAUCAGACUCUAGAAAAUUUGAAAAUAAAAACCAAACUUCUACAUUUGCUGAUGCUCUUGAAAGUUCGCUUGUGUGUAGUGAACUAUCCAAAGAUUCAGAUAGCUCCAACGAGUUGCUAAAUAAGCAGUUGAAAACAUUAACAGAACAACUAUUGUCAACCAAACAGGAAAAGAGUGAUUUAUCUGCAAAAUAUAACGAGGUUUUGGAGCGCCUUAAAACUCAAGACUCUGAACUUAAAGAAGCUAUCUCUCAGCGUAAUGGUGCAAUGAUGGAAUAUUCGGAAGUAACCGAAAAAUUAACCGAACUUCGAAACCAAAAACAGAAACUAUCGAGACAGGUAAGGGAUAAGGAAGAAGAGCUCGAUGCGGCAAUACAGAAAAAUGAUAGCUUGAGAAAUGAAUUGCGAAAGUCUGAUAAAACUCGAAGAGAACUCGAAUUGCAUAUUGAAGAUGCUGUUAACGAAGCAUCAAAGGAAAAAAAAAUCAGAGAGCAUGCAGAAGAAUGUUGCCGAAAAUUGCAAAGCGAUUUUCGAAAGUCUAUACCAAAUGUGGAUGCAACAACAACUCCCAUAAAUCUUACGUCGGGAAUAGCAGCAUACGAAAUCGAACGAAUCGAACUUCAAUAUGCGGAAAAACUGAAUCAUCAACAAGCGCGUCACAAUUUGGAGCUAGAAGCUCUGCGAGAUCAGCUUAGUGAGCUGGAAACGGCAAACUCAAUACUGUCCAAGGAAUUGCAGCAAACACAUGAAAAAUUAAAGUGUACUUCAAUUGAUUCGAUUGCUGAAUCAGCGGAAACGAUUUUAGAAUUUCAGAAGAGAUACGAUUUAGAGAAAUCAACGUGGCUCGAAGAAAAUCAAAGGUUAAGUGCUGAGGUGAACGUAAAAUCAAAGAAUUUACGUGAUCUACAAACUGAGGAAGUUGAAAUUCUUAAAGAAUUGCAAGUGAAACGCGAAGCAAUUAACCAUUGGGAGCUACAAAUGGCCGAGAUUAUCCAAUGGGUGUCAGACGAACGAGAUGCCCGCAGCUACUUACAAGCUCUGGCUACAAAGAUGACGGAAGAAAUCGAAUAUCUAAAGCAUGUUGGAACCUUUAACAAUAAUGCCGUAGAUCAUAAAAACUGGCGAAAUAGGCGAUCACAAAAACUGGAUAAAAUGGAGUUACUCAAUUUGCAAAGUGCCCUUCAACGGGAAAUUCAAGCCAAGGCAUUUAUAGCUGAAGAGUUAAGUCAAACAAGGGCUGAAUUGAUUUCUACCCAGAAGGAAGCAUGUGAUUUUAAAAAGAGAUGUGAUUCAGUUUUGUAUGAUCUAAAAAAGAAAGAAAAUGAACUGAGGGAUUUACAAAAAGUUGAUAUCGAUUAUUCUGAAUCAUUUUUGAAUAAAUCUUCGCAUCAAAAUAAUGCUUUCUUUAAAGAUAUAUCUAUAAACACGGACUCGAUCGACACCGUGGAAUCAUAUGUUAACGAUACUAGAGACAAUAUUUCAACCUCAUCGAAUUUGUUUCAAUCAUCAAAUACUGGAAUGCUAUUUAAUUACGAAUCAAAAUAUGCACAUAAGACUGCUAAGGACAAUUUGAGUAUUAAGACGUCUACCAUGAAUGAUGACAUACGAUCUGAGAGUAGUUUAAAUUACGAAGAAUCAAAAAAGAAAACUUCUGGCAAUACUUCAAUCCACCAAUUCCUUGUGCGCACUUUCAGUAGUCCAACAAAAUGUAAUCACUGCACCUCAUUAAUGGUUGGACUAACAAGGCAAGGUGUAGUUUGUGAAAUUUGUGGUUUCGCCUGUCACACAGUAUGUUGCCAAAGAGUUCCGACCAUGUGUCCAGUUCCUAUGGAUCAAACGAAGAGACCGUUGGGCAUCGAUCCUACGAGGGGAAUUGGAACAGCAUAUGAAGGCUACGUUAAGGUCCCUAAAUCUGGAGUCAUUAAACGAGGAUGGAUUCGUCAAUUUGUUGUCGUCUGCGACUUUAAACUAUUUCUGUACGAUAUAUCAACUGAUCGAUGUGCGCUACCAAGUGUUAGUGUAUCCCAAGUGUUGGAUAUGCGAGAUCCCGAAUUUUCCGUUGGUAGCGUACGGGAAAGUGAUGUAAUACAUGCAGCUAAAAAAGAUGUACCAUGUAUAUUUAAGAUAAAAACAGCUCUAAUUGAAAGUGGAAUCUCAUUAAACACUCUGAUGUUAGCUGAUAAUGAAUCUGAGAAAUCCAAAUGGGUUAUCGCAUUAGGAGAACUUCAUCGAAUAUUAAAACGAAAUAAUUUACCAAAUACGGCCAUUUACAAAGUCAACGAAAUAUUGGAUAACACUUUAUCGAUUAUACGAAAUGCUCUAUGCUCUGUUAUUACAUAUCCAAAUCAAAUUCUUUUAGGAACCGAAGAUGGGUUAUUUUACUUAAAUUUGGAUUCAUAUGAAAUCGCUCGAAUUGGUGAAACAAAGAAAAUUCUUCAAUUAUGGUAUAUAGAAGAAGAGCAGAUAAUUGUUAUUCUGUGUGGAAAACAACGGCAUUUGAGGCUUCUACCUAUCAGGGCAUUGGAGGCAAGUGACGUGGAAUGGAUUAAAGUCGUCGAGUCUAAAAACUGCAUUUCCGCGUGUACCGGAAUUAUUCGCCGAUACCCAAGCAUUGUUUAUUCAUUUAUUAUUGCACUUAAGAGACCCAAUAAUCACACACAAAUCAUUGUUUAUGAGAUUAAUCGAACGCGUACAAGGCACCAAAAAACGUGCGAAUUCACAAUCGGAUAUUUAGCUCAACAUGUUCAAAUAUUAUCCGACAUGCGCCUGGUUGUUGCUCAUCAAAGUGGAUUUACGGCGUAUUUUUUAAGAGGAGAAGCAACUGCUAUGUCUUUAGUUCAUCCGGAAAAUCAGUUAUGCGCAUUUUUGAAUUAUUCUGGCGUUGAUGCUGUGAGAGUAAUUGAAAUAUUAUGCCCAACGGGUGGCACCUUCGGAGAAUACCUUUUAGUAUUUCAAACCCUCGCUAUAUAUGUUGACUUACAAGGACGCAAAUCUCGUGACCGAGAAAUAAUGUAUCCGGCUUUCCCUACGUAUAUAACUUAUUCCGACGGACAUUUAUUGGUAUUCUCGGAGACUCACUUGGAUAUUUUCAACACACAAACUUCUGAAUGGGUUCAAUCUAUUGGUAUAAAACAGUCACUUCCAUUAAACAAUGUAGGCAACGUUGUUUUAACAUCUAUUAAUGAUACACCCUUAAUAGUUUACUUGGCUAAUAUUCAUACGAAGGGACUAUUGCAACAUCGGGAUAGUGACCGAAAGGGAGUCAGCAAUAUUAAACGUAGAUUUUCAAUCAGAGAAAUAAAUAAAACAGUAAAAAGUGAUCGGAGAUCCAAGAUGAUAUCAGCUCCAUCUAACUUCAACCAUAUUUCUCAUAUGGGUCCUGGAGAUGGUAUUCAAAAUCAACGCCUAUUAGAUUUGCCUACAACUUUAGAAACAGCCGAGCACACUAACAAACAACUCAUAUCUUCAUUAAAUUCCGUAAACCAAUUGAGAAAAUCAAAUUUUCUGGAUCAAACUGAUGGCAACUCUGAGGAUUUCGGUAAUGAUAACAUACCCUCUAGGACUCCCAGCCCAAUGGGGGCAUUACUUUUUGAUGAUCUUAACAAUAUAGAUUAACUUGUAAUACUCAUAUUUAUUCAACCCAUUUCGAAUAAAAUUUGUCAAAUUAAAUUUA